ACGACGCCGAAAAACCUGCUAGAUACGGAAUGUGGCGCAUUGUUGACUGUUCCCUAGGUUACCAGCCACCUAGACCGAGGUGUCGAUAUCCACACGUACCGAAAAGUGAAAAAAUUCCGACAUUUUGACAAAUAUAUUCUCCUAUCCCCGGAAGUGUCAUUAAACAAUUCCCUAAACAACUUCAUAACUGUCAUUUUUCAAGUUUUUAUCAUCAUGCAAGUGUUCACUGGUGACGCGGUGGUAUCCCAGGUAUCGGACAUUCUGAAGCCAACGCUCCAGGACAACGACUUCCUCCAGAGCUUCGUGAGAAUAGAUCUGGACGAUGGUGCCCCGGAGCCGAAGAAAAAAUCCACCCUGAUGGAGCCCACCAGAAAGGAGAGUAAGGAGAAAGUUCAGGCAAGAUCAGACACUCAGCAGGUGUCGCCAAGGGCCAAGCCCGAUCAGGUACCGAAACGAACACGUAGACUUGUCAAAGGAUCACCCGAGUAUGAAAUAGCCGAGCAGAAGACCAAGAAGAAUAAGAAGAAGAGGAGCAGGGAGCAGAGGAAACAGGAGGAGGUCUACACCGACAAGGAUCGCGCCGCUGCUGUCAACAUGGGGAGUCGCGAUAUCAUUCAAUCGCUGAAGAUCAAACGACGUCAGGAUCGAUCAAAGGCACUGCAGACUCCUGAAGAGGCCGAGCCUGGAGCCUUCCUGGCGCUGGCCGCACGCGAAAUGCGAUCCGGAGACGUCAAUAUCGCCAUCAACUGCAUUCACAAGGUUCACAUCAGUAACGAAGCUGUGAUAAGUUAUUGAUGAAUAUCUGGGAACAUAUGGGAGAUAGGAAAAUUUUCGUCUGAAUCAUUUCUGUAGAUCGAAGUCAGGGCUAGAAAAAAGUUGGU